AAGACACCAAAUAAACUGAGGGAUCCUCAGCUGCUUCUUUCUAGCUUGGCUGUUACAGCAACAAGAAUAGAAAUUCUAUGAAUGCAUGCUUAAAGUCGGAGAACAUGGUAUUCCUCCCGAUCUGCUUUCAUGGAUUGACAAAUAUCUGAAGACUCUGGCGAUGGAAACGCCGACCGAGAGCUCAAACCCUCGCUACACGGAGGAAGAUGGGUCCGUGCUCUUCGAGUCUUACAUACCUCCGUCUCGGGACGCCAUCAACCUGCAACCCUAUAUCCUUUACCUCAUCAUGGCCGUCUUCAUCUUGUUUUUUGUUCUCUAUGCCAUCAUCGGGCACCUCAUCAAAGACCUCAUCCAUGACUUUGCAGAUUUGCUUUUUGGGGAGCAGCCUGAAGAAGUGGUGGUGAACUACUGCGAGGCAAAGGAUAAGUUCAUGAUCGACUGGUGCCCGGAAACCACACCUGAGCUGGAGGCGUUGGCUCGGGCAGAGGAGAUCAAGUUCAUGGACAGGGACUUCAGGAAAGCUCCCGCCAUCUGGAUCCUCUCCACAGAACCUCUGGGGUCCAAGUCGGGCCCCCGCGUGGUGUUCGGGAACAGAGCUUAG